AUGCAGUGUCUGUUGUUUGUAACAUUUCUGGCAACGAUUUGGACCUUAAACUUUCAGUUCGUUGUGACAAUAGAAGUACACGAGGUUCCAAACGAAAACACCACACAGCAAACGCUAAAAAGUACGCUACCGAAUGCUUCUAUUCUGAGUGAAAAUGACUUUCGGUCGACAUCAAACGCAAGCGCUGCGUUAGAUAACAAACCACCACCGGUGACAACUGGCACAACGGAUUCCGUGGAUUACGGCAGCGGCGGCAACAGCCACCAAACUCGAUCAGCGAACAACGGCCAGCACAGUUCGAGUUAUCGCGAUACGCCAUUAUCUGUUAUUACGCCAUCUUCAACGUCAUCACCAUCGGCAUCAGCUUCUGCGGGGUUCUCUUCCGGAUCGAGUUUUAAAAAGCAUGCCGGGUUGAAGGACUUCGCGGGAAGCAAUAUGAUCCAGCAGCAGAUUUCCGGCUACAAGAAACGGCAGCUGUACGGCAGCUCGAUUCAACAAUCAUCUAAAAAUGGCACUAGUGGAAGGAGCUUCGACAAACAGUCAGCCCGUCAGGCUUCAUCGAAAGAGUUCAUCCCAUCCCCCGAACUGGUCCACUACUAUACAACCGAGAAUCGCCACAAUCCCCCGCCAGGGAUCAAUAUUCACCAGGUGGAUGCGGCUUACCCAACGAAUGUAGCUAACAGCGAUUCCAGAUGGUACGGAGGAAGUCACCUCAACUAUCCGGUUGGUUUCGAUGGUGACGUGAAAAUCGAACAACCAUCCCACAAUCGGCCCUCUAAAGCGGAACAUUAUAAGGGGGGAAAGUUCCUAUGGGUUCCUAACGUGGGAGAUGGAGUUGAGAGUCCAUUCAGUCAUUUGAUGCCUAAGUUCACACCACCGAAGGGAAUGUGGAAAUGGGUCCCCGAAGAGGAGGAGGGUGACUCAGCAGCGCAUCGAGAACCUCCUUUAGACGAUGGAAAAGAGUCCGACCUCGAGAGUAAGAUUAUCGCCGGCAAUCAUUACUACAAGAUUCCCAUUCGAGACCAACCUUACACGUUUGAUGUGAUCAGUGAACAAACUCCCUUCAGUGGUGGGGGUGGAUACUCCGAUGAACCAGAAAGCACUACCAAACCAUUGGGAUACGUGUUAGGUGGGGAUCACGGCUCAAGACUUCAAAUCGGUGGCAAAGGACAUGAAUCGCUCAAGAACGUUUCACCAUGGAAGAAGAUCAUUCACGUUCUCACAGCUGCCAUACCCAUAGGACUGAUUAUCUCUGCGUUGACCCCACAGGUUGUUUACGUGAAUCCCAACAUGACGCAAUCGCCGGUACAGAUGCAAACUCCGUCACCGAUAAGUGCUACCGGUGGCAGCUUUACGAAUCCAACUCGUCAGCGGUCGGAGGACAACAGCAAGCCUUCCAAAGGCGAUUACAAUUCGUUGCUGAAGUUCAUCAAUGCCAUUUCGGUGUCUGCCCUCACGAGGGCUGCCAGCGGUUGUGAGGAGAAAUCUUUUUGCGAAAUGGCUCGUCUCGGAAUCAAUCACGAGGCGGACAUGCUGUUCAAAAUGUUGUGGAAAAUUGCCAACGAGACACCCACGGAACGUGCUCGGCAGAGCGGGUUGGACGAGAUUUUCCGCGCCGUCAAAGACGACGACUGUUCAAGAUUUCGCUGUGAAAGCACUUAAUCCUCUACCUGCUUGUUAUCGCCAUCACUUCACGUUCGUUCGAGUUCCUGCGGAGCUUUUCCACUUUACGUCACUCGGUUGGAACAAUAAGCCACCUCGUCUGCGGCUAAAUUAAGAUUUUCGAUUUUCAUUUUAUAUGACUCGGUUGAUAAACAUAUAAAUAAGCGUAUACGUUCCGGUAAUGUUUGCACGGAGAGAUGAACGAGGAAAUAAUGAAUCACAGUCAUAAUGUAUGCUUUCUGUCUCGGCAUUUAAACCUAAACAGCGCAGGCGUAUAAUAGUCUCUUUCAGCCCAGAAGCAUGGCUUAAUUAUGCACGAAUCAACGAGUGAAAGUUAUGUAACUAAGUGUUCUUCAAAUGUGUAUUAUGUAAGCAUUCAC